UUAUAGUUUAAAAACUAGAUUCCUUGGACUAGAAACUAAAAGGGGAAUUAAAAAGGUAGCUUAUGUUUGGUAGCUACUAACAAAUAUGCAGACAAUUUAUCUGCUACUAGCAGCAAUGUUACCUUUGACCAUUCUUGAUAUUUGGUAUAUAAGAACAUAUUUGUUUUGGAUGAUGAUGAUAUUAAUAAUUAUAUAUUUUAUUACAUGUGGACUUUUACCUAUUAUAUUUCACUAUUCUUAUACUAUGCAAAAGAAGAUACUUUUUUUAAAUUUUGUGCAAUGGCCACUUAAUGUAGAUUUUUCAAAACCUGAAUUAAUUGGAAUGAAAGGAACAAGAAAUUUUUAUUUAAAAACUGAUCAACAAGUGAAAAUAGGAUUGUGGCAAAUACUACCUCAGUCUUUAUUAAAUGAUUCUACUAUUGUAACUGCUGAUGAUUAUGAAGCUGUAUUAAGAAAUACUAAACAACCUAUUUUUCUUUAUAUGCAUGGAAAUAGUGGUAAUAGAGCAAGUAAUCGUCGUAUAGAAUUAUAUAAACUUUUCCAAAGUUUAGAUUAUCAUGUUGUAUGUUUUGAUUAUAGAGGUUAUGGUGAUAGUGAAGAAGUAGAACUUUCUGAAGUAGGUGUAGUUAGCGAUAGUAAAUAUGUACUUGAAUGGUUAUUAAAGAUGGUAAAUGGUACAGCACCUAUUUUCGUAUGGGGACAUUCAUUAGGAACUGGAAUUUCUACACAUGUAUUGGCAUUAUUAGCAAUAGAAAAAGUUCAACCCACAGGUUUGUUCUUGGAGUCACCAUUUAAUAAUAUAGCAGAUGAAUUAAGUAGUCAUCCUUUAGCACAGAUAUUUAAACAUUUACCAUGGUUUCAUUGGGCAAUUGUUAAACCAUUCUAUGAUAAUUGUCUUCGUUUUGAAUCCGAUAAACAUAUAGAAAAAAUUCAAUGCCCUAUAAUGAUUUUACAUGCGGAAGAUGAUAAGACUGUCCCAUUUGCUUUAGCUGAAAAGUUGUAUAAAACAGCAAUGAGUUAUCAUGGAAAUAAUACAUAUCACAUUCAGAUGACAAGAAUUGAUGCAUUACAUGGUCUUGGACAUAACUAUAUAUGCCGUUACAAAACUUUACCUAAUAUAAUUAAAUUUUUUGUAACUGAGGCACGUAAAAAUCAGACUGAUUAA